UCUAGUUGCUAGGUGGCAGUAAUGUUCUACGUACGAUGUCCGAUGUAUAUGAGAAAAAUGAAGUUUGUCCAAACAGGACUCCGUACGUACGCCAGCCUUCAGGGGAAAACAUGGCGGCCGUCCUGGCAAGGAGGGUGUCUGGGCUGCUGAGGCCGCUGUCUGCCUCGCUGUGUGCCAAGACACCACAACUCCGUCAGCUCUCCAGCCUCAUCCACCCGCUGCCUCUCCACAGCUCUGCUGGAGCCGCUGUCGGCGCUCCUCUGCGGGCUGCAACCUGUCAGACACCACGAUGCAACAUCCUACAGCGGGUGUCAGCACUUAUUCCCAGCGUGACUCAGCAACCGAGCAGAAGUCUGACGUACUACAGUGUGAAGAAGGGGAAGAGGAAGACUAUAAAAUCUGUGACAGACAGGUUCAUGAGGUUGCAUUGUGGCCUUUGGAUCAGGCGCAAGGCUGGAUACAAGAAGAAACUGUGGAAGAAGAAACCUGCUAGACGAAAGCGCCUGAGGGAGCAUGUGUUCUGUAACAAAACACAGAACAAGCUUCUGGAUAAAAUGACAACCUCUUUUUGGAAAAGGAGAAACUGGUAUCUUAAGGAUCCGUACAUAAAGUACCACAAUCGGGUCAACCUCUAACUGUAAUUUGCUGAUUCGUGUAGUGACUUUUGUUUUCUGUUUGAAUAUAAUGUAAUAAAGUUAUACAUGUAAUACAGUAA